AUCACUGCACACAUCUUACAGAAAUGCACUCAUUCAGAGAGACUGAUGAACGGAGAGGGAUGGAGACAUGCAUGAGCAUGGGGACAGAUAAAGAGAAGCCAUAGAGAGUGACAGCAGUGCAGAGGGAGAGAUGAUUAUGCCAUAUAUGUAUCUGCUGCAGACGUUCGACUUAUUCAUGGAUGUACAGAAAGGAAGAAAGAAAAGAAGUAAAGCACAGAAAUCUGAAGCCGAGAAACUAGGAUACGGCUCAAACUGAGGAAUUCAAACAAGCAAAGGACAGCACCGAAAGAAUAAAUCAAGACGACGAAAACAAUCCUGCCACAGAAACCGGUCUGAUGAUGUGGACGAUUGUGGGUGUGGUCUGUCUUUCUCUGUGCAUUAUGGGUCAGAUGCUGGAGGCCAGAUCCAAAGGAGCCCCGCCUCAGUUUAUUUGCAGCAUUCCAGGUCAACCAGGAGCACCGGGAAAGACCGGACCCCCUGGGCCUCGUGGGGAGGAUGGCCAUGUUGGAAUCCCAGGAAGAGAUGGGAGGGAAGGGCGGAAGGGGGAAAAGGGAGAAAAAGGAGAACCAGGCCUCAGAGGUAGAGUCGGGCCGACGGGAAAACUCGGAGAAUGUGGAGAGAGAGGUUUCAUUGGGAAACGUGGACCUGAAGGUGAUCCUGGAGAUUUAGGGCCUCCUGGUCCUCCAGGACAUCUCGGACAGAAGGGUGACAAGGGCCAACGAGGUCCUCCGGGAAAACCAGGCGUCUGCAGAUGUGGAAGUUUGGUUCCCAAAUCCGCUUUCUCUGUAGGCAUCACCAGUAGCUAUCCCACUGAGCAAGCACCUAUCAAAUUCAACAAAGUCCUGUUUAAUGAGGGCGGCCACUACAACCCAGAGAUGGGAAAAUUCAUCUGUGCUUACCCAGGAACAUACUACUUUUCUUAUGACAUCACUCUGGCCAACAAACACCUGGCCAUUGGCUUGGUUCAGAACGGACAGUUCCGGAUAAAGACUUUUGAUGCCAACACAGGGAACCAUGACGUGGCGUCUGGCUCAACAGUGAUGUUUCUCAACCCAGAGGAUGAGGUGUGGCUGGAGAUCUUCUACAAGGACCAGAACGGCCUGUUUGCUGACCCCGGCUGGGCUGACAGUCUGUUCUCUGGGUUUUUAAUUCAUGCAGAUACAAACUACAUGGAUACAUUGGCGGAAGACUACAACUAGCAGCUGCGGUAACAUCGAUUAAUGGUGCUAUCUUGGAUCGGGUCGUGCUGUUUGUUUUUUCAGCUUCUCAUGCCAUGAAUAUCACAUUUUUAGACACUAUUUCCAUUUUUAAAAAGCAGUUGUAUAGUAAAAAAAAAAUGUAUAAAAUAUAUGUCAGUCAGUUGUGCUAUUUUUGAACGGAAGAACGUGUACAGUGUGAAUGGCCUCUAACUUGCUACAAAUCGCCGUUUAUAUUGUUGAUGCAGAAUACUGAAAAUGAAAAUGUUGUUACCUAUCAUAAAAAUAAAAGUGAGAUGCUUUUUGACACUGUUGUACAUUCCUAUUGUUACAUAGUGUUGUGGACAGGAAGACAGGCAAUCCGAAAUAGUGAUCAACACA